AUGCAGUUUAUCACGGUCGACGUCUUCACGGACACAUCCUUCCUCGGCAACCCCCUAGCGGUCGUCAUUGUCGAGGACAAGGAGCGAGCCGCGCUGGGAAAGGACAAGCAGCAGCUCAUUGCCAAGGAGUUCAACCUCAGCGAGACAAUCUUCCUCUACCUCCGCCCGGGCGAGAGCCUACAGCACCCGGACCGGUCCUCGAGCGCGCGCGAGGUCAGCAUCUUCACCAUCGAGAGCGAGCUUCCCUUUGCGGGCCAUCCCACCAUCGGGACGACGUACCUUCUCCUCCAGUAUUUGGGUUGGGACUUUGUUGACACCAUCACUCCGCCAUGUGGGCCUAUCCGCAUCGCUAAGUCAGUCGAUGGCAGGGUAACGGCGAGCAUCCCGCACGACGUCCACUUGCACUCGCGCACGCUGCGGUCGCUCUAUGAGCUAGGUGACAAGGGCGUCAGAGCCCAGAUCGAGCCCGCCCUUCACGGCGACGACGCUGUCCGGACCGCCGAGCUCGACGCCCCCAUCUUCAGUAUCGUCAAGGGAAUGACCUUCCUGCUCGUCAAGCUUCCCAGCCUCGAGCACCUCGCCCAGGUCGACGUCCGCAAGCGUCUGGACCUCGGUGAAUACGUGAGCCUCUUGGAUGCAGGACCGUGGGGGCACGGGUUCACAGCGAGAUAUUACUACGUCCCGCAGGCUGUUGCCACCGAUGAGAGUGGGAUUAGGAAUGAGACCAUCCGUACGAGGAUGGUGGAGCUCGACUUCGAGGACCCGGCCACCGGCUCUGCGGCGUCUUCGUUGACGAGCUAUCUGAGUCUGAAGGGGGAUGCUGAUGAGACCAAGUACCGCAUCACCCAGGGCGUCGAGCUUGGAAGGGAGAGCGAUAUCGAGACCCACAUUGUAUCAAAGGCAGGCUCAGACGGAACGAGGGUGAUAAAAGAGUCGAGCUGGAACCCGAAGUUCCGUCGGACGCCAUCGAGCAGCCCUCGCCGUCUCACCACCAAAUACCACCACAUCAUCCAAUUUUCCUCUCCCUGUCUCCUCGUCCAACUCGCCAACCCACACGCCCAUAACUCCUCCCUUCGACCUCGAACGCCAUCGCAUGCUGGCGUCAUGGAGUCUAUCCAGCUGGCCCAGAUGCUAGCUGACAUCUCCGAUCUCAGCGCUGCCGACAAGAAAGCAGCAGCAGCACUUGUGAACGCGAACAAGGCGCUCAACCAGCAGGCCCAGGCCCAGGCCCCAAACCAGAAUGACGGCCUCAAGCCCCCUGCCUCCACCGCCGGCGCAUCGCGAUCCUCGUCCUCAGUAUCCAACAGUCGUCUCGACAAGUUCGGGCGCCGCAUCCUUACACCGCCCAUGACGCGAACCAACUCCGCCCAGGGGUCCGGGCCGGGGACGCCGCGAGGCUCUGACCCCGAGGACGACGUCGACCGCGCGAGCACGUUGAUGGCCCUGUACGACAUCCGCAACAAGAUCAAGCAGCAGGACAACACGAGCCUGAUCAGGGCGCGCGAGAAGAUAGACGCCAUGAUCGCGAAGCAAAAGGCCGCGGUCGAGAAGCAGGGCAAGCAAGGGGGCGACGCGUCGCAACUCCAGGAGAGACCACGGCCGACGUCGCGCUACACCUUCCCAAGGCCCGACGCGACGGGCAACACGGAGAAGAAGUGA